ACAACCCGGAGUACUCUUUUUAAUAUUACUGUGUUGCACUACCCGAUUAGGAUCAAUUGCAAACGGUACCACCAUUACUUCAUUGGUAAACAAGAUCCAUGGCAUGGGCGUUUAUCUAUAUUGCUAUAUCUUCCUCUCGUCUCUUUAGUUAACUGAUGACGAGGUGAAAAUGGCGGAUCUUUCGAAAUCCAACCCCGGCCUGAAAAUAGAAACGUAGCUAGCUCGCUGGUCGUUUUCAUAGUGCUGCUCCUGUCACCAAUGGAUGAUUUUGACAGGCUGCUUAGUUGAGAAAACAAGAAUCAGCCCCCAACCAUAUAUCUCAUAGAACAUUGAGAAGAUGGAACAUCGAUACCCCAUAGUUUAUCGACCUGUAUAGUGUACCAUCUGUCUUAUUUGGAGUACGGCGGAGCGACUGUUUUGAGCUGAGUGUAAACCUGGAGACAUGGACGUGGUGUCGCCAGAGCUGAACAUCCUCCUCCCUGACGAGAUAAUGGACACCGAGGCCAUCGUCAUGGAUGACGACCCACCCGCCGAGUCCCCUGCGGCGUCUGGCCAAUCACAGCCCAGCGACGAUGCACCAAUCCCCAUGGAAACAGAUGUUCUCGCCGUCCCAGAGAUCGUUAGCCUGUGUUCGGAUGCUCCUCUGACCCAGCGGACUCAGGCCCUGACCACCUCCAUCACCACAGACUCCACCCUCUGUAGCACCACCUCUGCCACUCAGCUCCUCCUCACCCCAUCCAUAGCUUCAUCCUCCCCCCUUACACUCCGACCCGCCACAGCCUCCACCCUCACCUCCGCCACCCCCAAAACCACUACCAGCCUGGGUGGGGUCAGUCUCACCUCGGGGGGCUUACAGAAGCUCUCAGCCAACCACCAGAUCAUCCUCAAUAAGGUGGCCUCAUCCCCGGGAACAGACACCACCAGGUCCCCAGGCACCACCACUAUCACUCCAGGGGGCCAGAAGUUCAUGGUGACGGCCAUAGGCAAGUCAGGCCAGUCUAUUGUGCUGCAGCUGCCCCACACGGGCUCCAAGCCUGGCUCAGGGCAGGGGGAGGCCAAGGCCAACCCGCAGCAUUUCAAGGUGCUGACGAUAGGGGGGAGGACAGACCUGAAGCCGGUCAUGGUGGGGCAGGCGGUCAGCUCGGCCAGUCAGAUGUCCACCCUGCAGGCCCAGCAGCUGAAGACUGUUCAAAUUGCAAAGAAAACGCAGGUGUCGUCAGCUGGACCAAUCAAGUUCAUCAUCACUAAAGCUGUCAACAACAAAGGUCUGACCGCCCAGACAUCAGUAUCCAAUGUCAUUACAGGUCGAGUCCUGUCCACGAGCAGCCCAGUGACCCCCCCGCGGACCAUCACUCUCUCUGAGACCCUCAGCUCCAGCAGCAAGAUUGCCAUCUCCCCCCUCAAGUCACCUAGCAAAUUGACGAUGGUGUCGGUGGCCUCCCAGGUACCCAACUCCCCUCAGAAGUCAGUGUCUCUGCCGCUCAACAUGGCCCACCUGGGACAGCAGAUACUAGUACAACAGUCUACAGCCACCUCUCCAGCCAAGCCCAUGAAGCCGGUGCAGGCUGUGACGGUGGGCGGCCCCCAGUUUAAGACCAUCUUCCCCCUGUCCACCUCGUCCAACGUGCAGCAGAUCCAGGUGCCCGGCAGCCGCUUCCACUACGUCAGGCUGGUCACUGCCACCACGGGCAGCAGCACGGGACAGGCCGGCAGCCACUGCACCAACUCAUCCAUGACCGCCAAGCCUAUGGUGGUCAACACAGCCCAAGUCAGGAUGUCUGUCCCCAUCAUCCCAGCACAGACCAUGAAGCAGGUGGUGCCCAAGCCCCUGACGUCGUCGGGCCAGGUGCUGACAACUCAGACCCAGCAGAGGUUGAUCAUGCCCGCCACGCCGCUGCCCCAAAUCCAGCCCAACCUCACCAACCUACCCCCGGGCACCAUGCUGGCGCCUGGGUCUGGGAACAUGGGCUAUACUGUGCUGCCCGCACAUUAUGUCACGCAGCUCCAACAGUCUGCGUAUGUGACUUUGGCCAGCAGCUCUGGGUUCCCCACCCCUACAGGCAUCCAGACUCAGGCCAGACUGCCUCUCAAUGGCUUAUCAACUUCAGACGCUGCCUCCAGACCACGGAAGCCCUGCAACUGCAACAAGUCUCAGUGUCUCAAACUGUACUGUGACUGCUUUGCCAACGGGGAGUUCUGUCAGAGCUGUAACUGUACCAACUGCUUCAACAACCUGGAACACGAGACCGAGCGAGCUAAAGCCAUCAAGGCGUGUCUGGACCGUAACCCGGAGGCAUUCAAACCGAAGAUCGGUAAAGGUAAAGAGGGCGAGUCGGACCGCAGACACAGCAAAGGCUGCAACUGUAAACGCUCGGGAUGUCUGAAGAACUACUGCGAGUGUUACGAGGCCAAGAUCAUGUGCUCGUCUACCUGUAAGUGUGUUGGCUGUAAGAACUUUGAGGAGAGCCCUGAGAGGAAGACUCUGAUGCACCUGGCCGACGCAGCUGAGGUGAGAGUUCAACAGCAGACGGCAGCCAAGACCAAGCUGUCGUCGCAGAUCUCGGACCUGUUCACAAGGACCACCCCGGCCAUCACCAGUGGAGGGGGGAGGAUGCCCUUUACAUUUGUGACGAAGGAGGUGGCAGAGGCCACGUGUGAGUGUCUGCUGGAGCAGGCUGAGCAGGCAGAGCUGAUCCAGCAGCCCCAGGCCACCGCAGAGAGGAUGAUCCUGGAGGAGUUUGGACGCUGCCUCAUGAGGAUCAUCAGCUCAGCGGGCAAGACGGACUGUCCCUCCAUCAACUGCUAGGCCAGGUCCAUGGGUUCGCUGUCUGUAUGUCUCUCACCCAGCCCAGUGAAAACUAGUGCUGGGAGACUAGAAGGGAAUAGUGGCCUCCUCUCUCCCCCAGCUUGAGAGCUAAACAUUAGGACUGGUGAGUGGUAGUGGUCCUUGGUUUCUCUGCCUCCCGGGCUGGCUAGCUACCCGCCCAGUCUCAGAGAUGAGCAGUGGGUCUGGGAGAUGAGGGGAGUCGGCCAUGGGCGCCAUCUCUCUUGCCCACCCUCUGAGCAAAGCAUUGGGAGAGGAGUGGACUGUCUGUCUGCUCCACUUACUGCUAGCCAUGCCCAUGUGCUUUCUCUCCCAUCACCAUAGUGCUAGCAUUGGAUAGGGUGGAGAGUGGUGCACAGUCCCAUCAAUUGUUAGCUAGCUAGACCCAGCCAGCACCAGGAGGCAUGGACAGUCCUGAGCACUGCUCACCGUUUACCCACCCUCAUAGAUCUAGUGUUGGGAGGACAUGCAUUUCUCUGGAGCUGGUGCUUCUCCUUCACAGUUAGUGGGAAUAGCCUUUGCAUAGCCUUGGCUGAAGGAAGGGGCUGUCCCCAUGCCCCCAGCCUCCCUGAAAAAAUAAGGAUUGUGGGAGAGACUUGCCAGAGAAAGAGGUGCAAGGGGGAACAGACAAAUGUUUGUUUGUGUUUUGGGAAGGUGGGGGGGGGUGUUUUAGAUCAUAGGAUUUUUUUUAUUUAAUUUUUUUUUAAAAAUUUUAUGACAUUUAUUUUCUCCAUCUUAUUAUGGCUCUGUUUGCAUAUGUCCCUCUCGUUCACCGUCUCCCUCUGUUUUAAUCAUUUCUGAGGGUUCUGGAUGCAGACGAGGAAAGAAGGGUCACAUUCUGACUGCCUUCUAUAGGUAGUAGCCCGGGUUCUAAUCAUGACGGCCAUCUCUCUUCAGUAACUAGCGUAUUACUGUAACCCACAAGAUAUGCUCACAUUAUCCACUAUUUAUUUUCUUCAACCUCCGUUUCAGCUUGUGCUCAGAGCUUUGCAAAGUAUCUAGGAACAACUAACAUAUUCCCACUUUUACUUUUAUCACAGAUGAGGAUUCCAUUUGCCAUUUUUAAUUUUUAAACAACUAAAUAGUAUGUAAUUUGGUAUGGAGGGGGGGGGGUUAUACUGUUUCUGACACAUUCAGGUAGGGUAAGGUUUCACAAUAUCAAAUCCAAGUUAUUUGCGCUACUUAAGUGCUCAUGGCUUAUGGUACUCUAAAUGCAUUGUCAGGGUAUGAAAGUUGUCCACUUUAUUAGGGAUAUAUGAAUAUUGGAUGCUUGGUGCCCCUAUUAUUUUAUUUUUUUACCACUUUGUGAAUAUCAGUUUGCCUCUUUCCAAAUACAUGGAGAACAGCACGCACACACACACACGUUGGAUAUCCGUCAAGAACCAGCGGUAGAUGGUUCGAUUGGAUAAUCAAUCUAGUCAUAGUAUCACUGUAUCCGAAGCACUGCAACUAUUUUAGCAUUGCAGAGUGCCUUUAUGCUACAGUAAGCUGUUCCUUGGUAGCUUUGUGCUUUACUAAGUCAUCACGGAUUACCAGGCAACACAUGAUUUGGCCUCUUGUGUGUCGCACUGUAAUGACACCCAUCAAGUGUGUGUUGCAACAGCAUUUGGGUAGUGUUUUGAAUAAAGAAAGUGAUGUUUUAAGACCCUUUUGGGUCCGUUACUUCCUUACUCACAAAGCCAAUCCCAUUCUAUAUGUAUUGAGUGUAUUGGUACCGUGUGUUUAAAACAAAUACUGUUAUUAGUUAUUGUAGCCUUAUCCC